GAGCAAGUGCCUCGUCUGAAGCCAGUCAGGCAUUGCGAAUCACAAGAUGGCGUCUCUUCUGAACUCUGGUUUUGAAAACUGCUUCGCUCUGAAAAUGAUGCUCCUACUAUUUUACUUGGGGAUUUUCUCAUUAAACGUGAGCUCAAAGAAAGUAAAGGAGAGUGUUUCUGCACAAGUAGAGGUAAAAGUUCAAAACUUAUUGGAGAUGAAUAUCAGAAGGCCCAUUAUUCACAUGAAUGGGGAUAAAUUUAGGACAUAUGUGAAAUUAUCUCCAAGAAACUACUCAGUAAUUUUGAUGCUCACUGCACUGGCACCUCAAAGGCAAUGUGGAAUAUGCAAGGAUGUUCAUUCAGAGUUUCAAAUAAUUGCAAGCUCAUGGAGAUAUUCAUCUGCUUACAAUACAAGACUCUUCUUUGCCAUGGUUGAUUUUGAUGAAGGAUCAGAUGUGUUUCAGUCACUGAGGCUAAACUCUGCUCCCAUUAUUAUGCAUUUUCCACCAAAAGGGAAGACAAAACGCGGGGACACAUAUGACAUGCAAAGACAAGGCUUUUCAGCUGAGCAAAUUGCUAGAUGGGUUGCAGAGAGAACUGAUAUCCAUAUUCGAGUAGUUAGGCCGCCGAAUUACGCUUUUGCUGUCUUCAUUGGCAUAUUAUUGGCAAGCAUUGGUUGCAUUCUUUACGUCAGACGAAAAAGCCUUGAAUUUAUCUACAAUAAGAAUUACUGGGCUAUAGGUGCUGUGACAAUCGUGUUUAUAAUGAUCUCUGGACAGAUGUGGAAUCAUAUACGAAAUCCUCCAUACGCUCACAGGAAUCCGCAGAAUGGAGAGAUUAUUUACAUCCAUGGAAGCAGUGAUGGGCAGCUUAUUGCAGAAACCUACAUCGUUUUUGUCCUUUAUGCGAUGAUUUGCCUUGGGUUUAUCUUUCUCAACGACAAAGCUCAAGCCCAGCAGGACAUCAAGAAGCGGAGAUUUUUCAUGGUUAUUGGUCUUGGCAUGGUGGUUUUCUUCUUUAGUUUAAUUCUGUCCAUCUUUAGAGGAAAAUAUCAUGGAUAUCCAUACAGCUUCCUGUUUAAAUAGAUUUGUGGAUGGUUUUGCCCUGGAAGAGCACGCAGACGCAAACUUAGGAACCAAGGACAGGAUUUGCUGCUGAAAGUUUGGCCUUGCAUGAACACAAACUUUCUCUACAGAUUUUUCGUCUACGUUUUGUUUUCUUACCUUGCUGUUAAUUCUUACAUUGAUGAAUAUACUGGAAGGUAAA